AUGUAUUUGCAAGCCGUACCGGACGAGAUUAUGUGCAGGGCUUUCCCUACCACACUCAAGGGUUGGGCUCGUCUCUGGUUCAAUAAAUUAAAGCCAGGAUCCAUUGAAAACUUUGAAGAGUUGAGCAAACAAUUCAUAGGACACUUCAUCGCUGGGCAGAAGCACAGGAGACCAGCAACACAUUUACUUAAUGUGAAGCAGCAGAAGGGAGAGUCCCUUCGUGAUUACAUAAGUCGUUUUAACACUGAAAUGCUGCAAGUUGAAGAGGUGGACGACAAGGUUGCCCUCACAGCCUUUAUGGGAGGACUACAGACUUCUAAGUUCCUAUUUUCCUUAUCAAAGGAAGCCCCUACAAGCAUGACAGAGUUGAUGGUUAGAGCGCGGAAGCACAUGAACGCUGACGAUGCUAUGAAUGCACGAAAAAACAAAGAUGGUAAAGAUAAGAGGUCGGAUAAGAAGAGGCCAGCACCUAGCACUAGGGAGGAAAGGGAAUUGAAGUACAAGAAAUUCUCAAACAACCAAGCUGACAGAUCGUUUCGCCGCCCAGCGAGCCCAGGCAGGUAUAAUAACUAUACCCCCCUAAAUACAUCUGUAGAGCAAGUCUUUCUGCAGAUUCAAGAUGACGCAUCAUUGAAAUGGCCACCAAAGCUAAAAGCUGAUCCAACAAAGAGGUCUCGAGAUAAAUACUGUAGGUUUCACCGGGACCAUGGACAUAACACAGAGGAUUGUUUCGACCUCAAAAACCAGAUUGAGAACCUUGUUCGUAAAGGUCAUUUACACAAAUUCACAACUAGAAAUGGAAAAAGAGGCUCCAACCCAGCCCGGGAGGGCCGAGAUGAUCGCCCUCCUCAACACCAACCAAUGGGUGAGAUCAAAGUUAUAUCGGGUGGCUUCGCUGGUGGUGGUGAGACGAGUUCAGCUUGGAAGGCUCAUGCUAGGAGAAUUCAGAGUUUUUCAGAGGUGAAUGAAGUUGGAAUGACAAGUCCUCCAACCAAAUUACCUCGAGUUGAGGAGCCGGUCAUAACCUUUUCUAAAGAAGAUGACAAGGGAAUUCACCAACCCCAUGAUGACCCUCUAGUAGUUUCCAUGGUCGUUGCUAAUUUCACUGUUCGACGAAUACUAAUAGACAAUGGUAGCUAG